CUCCCCUUCAGUCCCAUGUGUUUCGUCAGUAACUACAUUUUAAGAUACAUAAAAAUAUUCCUAAAGAAAACGAAACUAAUAGAAAUAAUAUAAAGAAAAGAAAGAAGAAAGAAAAUAGAUCCAGGGGGAUAUAGACUAGACAAUAGUCUAAAAGACUAUAAAAGAAGAAAGAAGAAGAAGAAGAAGCAGUCAGCAACACGCGAGGGACGAGUAGAGAGCGUCCUUCCUGACUCGUCUCUGUUAUUUUCAGUUAUUUUCUGGCUUUUGGCGAGAACAGAAGCUCGAAAUCAGUCUUCCAGGAGAGGGAGAAGUAGUUGGUUGUGUGGGAUUGGUAUUAUUUGUUAAUUGGGUAUUGGAGAGAUAGAGGCCAUUAUGGAGGUUGAUCAGAAACAAAGUGUUAAGAAACUUUCGAAAGGAGUUUUAGAGUUGAAGUUCAUGAAAAAGAGUAAAGAAAAAGCAGUGCUACAAGAAGAAAAUGAAGAGCGUCAGCAGCUGUACCAGGACCAACUAUCACUACUGCAUAAAGGAGCGGACCGUAUUGUUAUGGUUGACUCAUAUUUUGACUGCAUGGACUUUUUACCCUGCCGUUUGUCCUUUGGUGGAAUGGACCCAGAUAUUGAGAAGCUUAAUGAGGACAAGUUAACUGGAGUAUACAAACCUGAAAGGAUUUUACCAGCACCCAGCAAGGGGGAUGGAAUAGAGGAGGAUGUGACGGCAGAAGAGAUAGCAGAGAAUUAUAGCAAGCUGUUAGGCAACAAGGCGAAGCAAUUUACAAAAAGAAAGAGUGACCACAAUGAAUUUGAAAAUGGUGAUGAUUCUCAGAAAAAUAAAUACUUCAAAGGAAAUGCAACCAGAGGGAAGAGGCCGAUGUUUACGAACAGAGAGUAUAUGAACCCUCAAGGCAGGGGUGGUUUUACAAAUAAGGGGAAAGGGGAUUUCAGCAACAGAGGCCAGGGGGAUUUCAGUAACAGAGGCCAGGGGGAUUUCAACAACAGAGGCCAGGGGGAUUUCAGAGGCAGGGGUAGAGGUGAUUUCAGAGGGAGGGGCAGAGGGGAUUUCAGCAACAGAGGUAGAGGUUCUUAUGAUGACAGGAGAGGAGAAGGUGGUCAGAAUAGUGGAAGAAAUUUUAGUCCAGGUCUAAAGAAAUUAAAGUUCAUGAAUCCCCAAGAAUGAAAACAAUUAGGAAUUACUUUAAUUGAGUUUUUUCAUUUUUUAUUAUUAUGAUAAGUAUUAUUAAAAUGGACUCUAUAUUCUGAACAUAAUGUGACUUACUUUAUUAUUAAAGUACAGCCAAUCUCA